AUGGCUUCUCGUUUAUCUUUAGCUGGCGUUGUUUUUUCCAUAUUCUUGAGUUUCUCAAGCUUGCCAUGUCAAGCACAACUCUCUUCAAACUUCUAUGCCAGCACAUGUCCGAAUGCACUGACCACAAUUCGCACUGCUACUCGGAGAGCUGUUUCGAGGGAGCGCAGAAUGGCAGCAUCCCUUAUUCGUCUCCACUUCCAUGAUUGCUUUGUUCAGGGUUGUGAUGCUUCGAUCAUGCUUGAUAAUUCUCCCUCAAUAGACAGCGAGAAAUUUUCAUUCAACAAUGACAAUUCGGUCCGGGGAUUCGAAGUCAUUGAUGAUGCCAAGGCUCAAGUGGAGAGCAUAUGUCCUGGAGUUGUUUCAUGUGCUGACAUUGCUGCUGUAGUGGCCCGUGAUGCAUCCGUUGCUGUUGGUGGACCAUCAUGGACGGUGAGACUUGGAAGAAGAGACUCCACUACAGCGAGCCCAAGCUUAGCCGAUAGAGAUCUUCCUAGAACUACAGCUGCGCUUGGAGACCUCAUUGACUUGUUCAGCAGAAAAGGUUUGAGUGAAAGAGAUAUGGUUGCCCUUUCAGGAUCACAUACACUAGGCCAAGCAAGAUGUGUGACCUUCCGAGGCAGAUUAUACGACAACUCGAGUGAUAUUGAUGCUGGCUUUGCUAGCACCCGAAAACGCAAUUGUCCAGCUGCUCCUGGGAAUGGAAAUAAUAAUCUUGCACCACUUGAUUUGGUUACACCCAAUUCUUUCGAUAACAACUACUUCAGGAAUCUGAUUCAAAGGAGGGGACUUCUUCAAUCAGACCAAGUGCUCUUCAGUGGUCAAUCUACAGACAGCAUUGUUACUGAGUACAGCAGGAACCCUUCCCUUUUUAGUUCUGAUUUUGCCGCUGCCAUGUUAAGGAUGGGAGAUAUAGAACCGCUAACUGGUUCUCAAGGAGAGAUACGAAGGAUUUGCAGUGUCGUUAACGAGGAACAAGUUCCUAAGUAUUGUUGUUCAAUAAAGCUUACACUUCAGCAGCCAUGGUUGUAUGCUAAUGAGAGUGGGACUAAGCUUAUGUACAAGUUUGAGGUUCGAGUGUGA